CAUAUUAUGCGUGUCUGCCUCUAACUGGCGUCUCCGUGUAUCCUUUGGCCUUCCUCUCUUACUUUUUCCCUGUGGAUUCCAUGUUAGCGAUUGCCUGGUGAUUGAUGGAUACAUAGAUACUUCUUAAAAGAAUAAGGAAUGUCUGAUUUAAUAUUUCCUAAAUGAAAAUCUCAAGGGCGUGGAAAAUUGUGAUGUAUGUAAUUUUCAUGGGAUCAACCCGUGUUUCAGUAAAUACAUAAAAUGUGUAUGUUUAAAUGCUGAGACUUCGCGAAAGUAGUUAGAAAGUAGCACACUAUGCAUUCCAUUUCUGCACCGUUGGAUCCGAUUCUUAGGCUUUAUUAUACGUAUAUAAUAUAUAAUUUCCAUAUAUAUUAAUUCUAAAUUUUAUAGUUAGAUAAUAAAUGCACAUUCUAUAGAUGUUAUAGAAAGUUUUUAGAAGUUCUGAAAUAAUAUAAUAUGAAUAAACCUAUUUCAGCUCUUGUAUUUGACCGAUUUACUUAUCUAAAAGCUCAGUUAUGGGCCUCUAGGAUCUAGGUGACUUAUUAAUUCAAAAUAUUCCCGUUCCUGACACUGACUACGCAGGCGAACGGGAAUUCCUUAAAUUAUAUUAUUAAGACUUUCAUAAGGCAGUUGGUCUCAAACUAAUGAAACAUCCUCUCUAUCAUUCAAUAAAGUAAGUGUCGCUGUGAUUUACAAUUUCAACAAUUUACAUUAUAAUUAAUAGAUAAAUUUGUAUUUUCUAAAAAGAAAAUGGUCGUAAGCUUUUACAAAAUUUACGUUACCUGUAAUCGCUUCACAUUAUAAAAGAUCCAUAAUAUAUAUACUUUUAAAAAUUUAUUCUUGGAAAUUCCCGUAAUAUAAAUAUAUUUUUUGCCUCAUUAUAUCUCCAACCUUCUAACGUUAGAUCUAGGUUUAUAAAAUUGUUUAUAUUGUGUUAUCCAAAUUUCUGUUUAUCAAUCUUUGGAAUAUUGAUUUUAAAAAAGCAACCAAAAAAAAAAAACAACAAAAAACGAUAGAAUAACCUUCUAGCCUGUGUCGUGAAAAAACAACAACAACAAAAAAAACCAAAAAAACAAGACACUUCUUAACAGAAAUUAAAGCAGUCAUACACUUCAACGAUUUUUUAAACCUUAAAAACGUAAUGAAUAAACACGAAAUGAAUGACAUUGCCCAUCAAUAUUUUCGAGGAUUGACAUGGUUUGACCCGUAGCCAACAGCGUUUGAACUGCACCCUCAUGACGCAGUCGCUAAGGAUAUCAACCCCGAAAAAUCUUUUAUUACUACAACAAAAGAAAAGACACCAUGUUAAGUUCGACCUAAUUUUAUUCUCCGCGACGCCAGCUCGUUGUGUGUUCCAGGCCCACAAGCUUCCGUAAACAUGUUAUUGUGUUUGUUACAAAUUUAACAUUGUUUUGAAAAAUAAAUGCGUGACAUCAAUCAGUGAGAUGUACACGGAACCCGACAUUGAUCAUGUAUAGUAGUGAAGACAUUGUGUGAUGGACAGUGGGAACUUAAGAAAAGUAGCUUUAAAUAAUUUACAGUCUGUCGGAUAGCUUCGUCCUACGUUCAAACAUUUUCAGCCCUUCAAAUAAAAUUACAUCUGUCCUUGUUUUUUCUACCCCUCCCCCCUCCCCUUCCCCUUCCCCCACCCCAUCCCACUCUCCUCCAACAUUACCUAAACAUUAUUGGAUGAGUGGUAGAAAAAAAGAAGAUAUUUUGUAAAAUUCCUAAUCUAGUCUGUAUAAAAAAAUAUCUGUAUAGAUAACCAAAAUACAACUCAACCCCUCAUUUGUACCGCUAUUUUUAAAGAACUAAGAAAACGCCACUUAUAAUUUUGACAGUUUUAAUUUUUUAUUUUUUAAAUUGUAUUUCUUCAGGAGGCUAAAACACAACACAGCUGGGACUCAUCUCAAGGUUAUAACACAUCUCCUGUUUGUUGAAACACGCUCAAUUUUUUACACGCACAACCGACGUCAAAAAACACACCUGGCUUUUGAAACAUUUGGCUCCCAAGCAGAGACAGGACGUUCCACAUCUAAGGGGAUAAAUCGUUUUAAAAUUUCCAACUCGCCUCUGCUUUAACUAGAUAUUACGCCAUCACAAAUGGCUUACAAUCUCGACCGCAACCCUUUAGGAGCCACGUCAUCUGAUUCACUGACACAGAGAGACUCCACGGAGAAACUUCUGGAGUCCAUCUCUGGGCUGGAAAGGGCCAAAAUGGAAAGCUUGUUCUCUUCAUACAAAUCUGUUAUUAAAGCUGUGCUCAGUGUUAGCGAGGAUCUCCCAGCAAGUUUCAUAUUUUACUGUGCCGACAAGAUGGUCAAUGAAGGGAAGGAGAUUUCUUCCCAGGCGCUGCUAGUAGAAUGUGAUAACCUCUUGGACAUGAUACCAGAAAACUCGUUGCUACAAAUAAUAAAUAACAUUGGAGACAUUACAAUUUCCAGUCUCGAGGCAAGCGAAAUUUCAAAUUUGACUAUUUCCAACAUAAGUGGGGCUGAGAACCCUCGGAGCAGUUCAUCCGAUGAAGCUUGUUUUCAGGACACAGCCAGAUGUUCAUCAGCCGACGGAGGAAAUGCUUUCAAAAUUCAGGCGAACACAACAGUAAAGAAUGUAGUCUCAAAUAACGUCAACUUGGUCGAUGGUGUUGAUUCGGCGCAUGUGCGGAGCACACCAGUGUACGAAGACGAGGUCGACAGGAUCAGUCUAACAUCUUUCCCGAAUUAUCAGAGUUUGGAUCCAGGGUCUUCUGCUACGGGGAAGGGUGGGGUCGUUGGCGCUGUUGGACUUUUCGGCUUAGUCCACCCUCCACUGAAAACGCAAACUAAAAACACUGCUGCCGAUCUUUUAGUUCAGGGGGACGGUUCGAGGUCUUUAGACUCCAAGCAGUGUUUAAUGGCCGUGACCAGGGAAAACGAGUUCUUGGAGACGAGGCUCCAGUGCGUUCUGUGCAAGGCACGACCUCGGGCCACCACUUUCUUGCCUUGCGGACAUUUUCUUGUGUGUGGCCCGUGUUCAACUGACAUCUACGUUUGCUCGAUGUGCCAUGCACACGUGUUGGGCGAGGUGACAACACGGACGGUCUCACACAUUGACAGAAACCCUUAAGAAGAAUACUUUACAUUUCAAAAUUUUGGGUCAGUUUGUUUUAUUUUAAAUUUUGAACGAAAAAUGUCGAACAGCUCAUCGAUAGCACAAAUGUACACAUAUGAAACCGAUGUGCAGUAAAUAUGCAUAAUAUGUAAGUGAUGUGCAGCGACAUAAAUCCGGGUGCAUUUAUGAAGUCACACAAAUGGAACAUAGCAAUGGAUGAGAGGAACACAAACUUAGAAAAUUCUUGAAGGAGUUUUCUCUUACAGGUCAGCUGAUGUGUCUAUGGAUCAACUUGUAUAGUUUCGAAAGUUGUAGUAAUUUAAGCAUUUUUUUAAAAAUUAUGAACGCAUUUCAAACGGUAAUGUCAUGGAAGUCUUCGCUUUGAAACCAAUUGAACUAUUGUUUAUAAUAUCUGAGUUAGUUAUUCUCAAACAGCUCAAUGAUAGUAUCAUUGAUGUUUAAAAAAAAAAAAGAGAAAUUGAAGAGUUCAGUUCAUAGAAUGGCCUUGUAAAGUAGGAAUUUGUUUUGCACUGAGAAUCAAACGAUUGAUGUUAUUACGUUAAGAAUAUGUACGUGGA